CCGUCCUGCGCAGCCGCACGAGGAAGAGGCGCUGACAGAAAAAGGGCGUGGGCCUGGAAGACCAUGAGCGCGGCGGGCUCGGGCGGUCGCCGCUGGGCGCGGGUGUCCCGCCUAGUUUCCUUCAGCGCGAGCCACCGGCUGCACAGCAAUUCCUUGAGUAAUGAAGAAAACUUGAAACUGUUUGGGAAAUGCAACAAUCCCAAUGGCCAUGGGCACAAUUAUAAAGUGGUGGUGACAGUACAUGGAGAGAUUGAUCCUGUUACAGGAAUGGUUAUGAAUUUGACUGAACUCAAAGAGUACAUGGAGGAGGCGAUUAUGAAGCCCCUGGAUCACAAGAAUCUGGACCUGGACGUGCCAUACUUCGCAAAUGUCGUGAGCACAACUGAGAAUGUAGCUGUUUAUAUCUGGGAAAACCUCCAGAAAUUUCUUCCUGUGGGAGUUCUUUACAAAGUGAAAGUGUAUGAGACUGACAAUAACAUUGUUGUCUACAAAGGAGAAUAGCUCUGAGGGAGUAGCACUGUAGAAAGACUCAUCUCUUUCCAUAUUUGAACAAGACUGUGAUGCCUUGGAAUAUUAAGAAGUUGCCACAUAAUUGUAUCUCUGCAUAUGUCCUGGAGUAGCUGAUUUGUUGAAAUCCUUAUUAGAGCUGCUUUAAAACCAAACUUGUGAUGUAGCCUUAAUAUAACCUUCAGAAUCCUUCAUCUGCAAAUUAAAAAUCACUUCAUUUUCAU